AUGGGGGACUACUCGUACCACGCAUUGGCGAACAUGGGGCCCCAGGGCCGCUGGCGGCGCCCAUUGUUGAUCGCGAUACCCGUUGUGCUGCUGUUUUUGAUUUACAGCUCAAGCUUCAGUUACACACCGAGCAGUGCAGCACAAACACAGAUAGACUUCCCUACCUCGCACAAUGCCUCGGUUGUCGAGGAGGACCCUUCGAUGCCCGCCAUAAUAAAAGCCCUCUACGGCCCCAUCCUGCACCCCGUCGACGCUGCGAACUUCACCGACGAGGACGGUGAUGUAUACCACCUGCACGGCAAGCCCAAGUUCACGCAGAAGCUGGGAAAGAAGGUGCUCAUCCUGGACAUCGACAGCAGGCCGCUCACUGGCAAGGGCCAGCUCAUGGACAAAGACUUGAAGUGGAAGGGCAUGCGACCCCUCUCUGCGGGCAUGCUCAGUCAUUAUAUGUUCGCAAGCAUCCAUGGUUACGACUACAAGUUUAUCCGCGCGCCAGACUACGCCGACCGCUGGGGCACCUGGGUCAAGGUCCCAAUGAUGAAGGAGGCGCUCAAGACACACGACUACAUCGUCUUCAUGGACUCGGAUGUCAUGUUCCACUACCCGCACCUGCCGCUCGAGUGGCUGCUCAACUAUUGGAACAUGACCGACGACACUCUCGCCAUGAUGUCCAUCGACCCCAACGAGCCACAGAACUACGACGCUAAGGGUAACCGCUAUCUCAAUACCGGCUUCGUCAUCGCCCGCCAGAGCAAGCGCACACAGGAGAUGUACAAGGCAUGGGCUGAGUGCCCAUCUGAGACAAAGUACAAGGGCUGCGCAAGGUGGAAGCAAGACUGGGCACACGAACAGGCUGCAUUCGGCAACUACCUGCGCUACGACUACGACCGACCUGACGACAUUCGUGUGCUUCCCUGCGUCGAGGCAAACGGUGCACCAGAGGCCGAGAGUCGUGGCGGAUGCAAGGGUAUCUUCGUCAGGCACUUCUGGGUCGACAAGAACCUCGUGGCCAAGAACCUGGCAGACUCUGUCAUGCAGUACUUCUUGCCCAGGCUGCAUCAGCUCUACCUAUCGACCGCGAGCGAGCACAUCGUGGACGCCAAGGGCUUCAAGCUCGAAGGUGCAGAGCUGAUUGAGCUCACAGACGAGGAGAAGGAGGCCAAAAAGAAGGAGGGCCAAAAGAAUCAAAAGGACGAAGGCUAUUAG